AUGGCUCAACAUAUGGUGCCGCUCAUGAAUGAUAUCCCUCAGUUGUAUGGUGUUUAUAUCUUCAGUAAUACUCAAUCCCAACCUGAAGAAUGGACACGAAAAUCGCAAAAAAUCAAGAGCGUUCAUACCAACAUCAAUGACGUAUGCAAAGCAUUACAACUGGAUCUCAAGCGAUACAAUCGAGAUUCGAUUGCUAUGAGUUUUGUCACCGUCAAUGAAAUGUCUUCAACUGAUAGUUUAAAUGAGUUGGAGCCAACAUUUAUGUAUACUCAGCUAUUCAAAGAAAUUCUUCUUAAUAUGAAACAUACCAGCCAGACCAUCAAGGACUUUAUUACCUACUGUCGACAGAAUAAUUCUGGGUCGCCAAUCAGUAUCGAUCGAUUUGAGAAAGAAUACCAAGCUCAAUCAGCUAUUUCGUGGUAUACUCAGCCAUCAUUUAUCUAUUCUAUGCUCAACGAUGGGCUUCGCUUUAUGGAAGGUGAAAUCAUUAUUAAUAUGGGUUUUCUAAUUCAUGAUCUUCAUCUACAAAUUCAUGAACUACAUCAAGAACAGAUAAAUAUUAACCAUGGCGAACCAUGUAUAGUCUACCGGGGACAAGGUCUAUCUAAACAAAAAUUUGAAAAACUCCGAAACACAAAAGGUGGUUUAAUAUCUUUCAACAACUUUUUAUCCACUAGCAUGAAACAAGACGUAGCUCUCGGAUAUGCCUUUAGUGCGACAGAUAAUGCGGACACCGUAGGUGUUCUUUUCGAAAUGUCUGUUGAUCCACGUAUAAAAUCAGCACCAUUUGCAUCCAUCAAGGAGGUAAGUUAUUUUGGGGAAGAAGAAGAAAUUCUCUUUUCAAUGCAUACCGUCUUUCGAGUGGGCACAAUCCAACAAAUGGAGAAUAAUAAUCAACUUUAUCGAGUAGAAUUGCAAUUAACGUCGGAUGAUGAUGAGCAACUAAGAUUACUUACUGAUCGAAUACGAGAAGAAGCUAGUGGUAGUACUGGAUGGCAAAGAUUGGGUAAACUAUUGCUCAAAAUUGGUCAAUUAAAUAAAGCUGAAGAGCUUUAUAAGGUAUUACUCGAACAGACAUCUGAUAAGAAUGAAAAAGCACAUUAUUAUGGCAGUCUGGGAUCUGUCCAUAUUCACCAAGGUGAAUAUAAAAAAGCUAUUUGUUAUUACGAACAAGAACUUGAAAUCAUGCAAAAUACUCUUCCUUCCAAUCACCCUUAUUUUGGUACUUUAUACAACAACAUUGGUUCAGUCCAUUACAACAUGGGAGAGUUCUCGAAAGCACUUUCAUCUCAUGAAAAAGCCCUUCAAAUUAAAGAAAAAACUCUUCCUUCAAAUAAUCCGGAUUUCGCUACUACAUAUAGCAACAUUGGUUUGGUGUAUGACAACAUGGGAGAGUACUCAAAGGCACUUUCAUCUCACGAAAAAGCACUUGAAAUCUAUCAAAAAACUCUUCCUUCAAAUCAUCCUGCAUUGGCUACUGCAUACAACAACCUAGGUGUUGCGUAUAACAAUAUGGGCGAGUAUCCGGAAACACUUUCAUUUUAUCAAAAAGCCCUUCGGAUCUAUGAAAGAACUCUUCCUUCAAAUCAUCCUUCAUUGGCUGCUUCAUACAACAACAUUGGUAGCGUGCAUAACAACAUGGGAGAGUACUCGAAAGCACAUGCAUUUUACGAAAAAGCACUCGAAAUUAAGGGAAAAACUCUUCCCUCAAGUCAUCCUGAUCUCGCUAUUUCAUACAAUAACAUCGCUAGUGUGUAUGACAAGAUGAGAGAGUAUGCAAAAGCACUUUCAUUUUACAAAAAAGCAUUUGAAAUCAAUCAGGAAAGUCUUCCUUCAAAUCAUCCUUCAUUGGCUAUUUCAUACAACAACAUUGGUAGUGUAUAUGAACAAAUGGAAGAGUACUCAAAGGCACUUUCAUCACAUGAAAAAGCACUUGAAAUCUAUCAAACAAGUCUACCUUCAAAUCAUCCUGAUUUGGCUACUUCAUACAACAACAUUGGUAGCGUGCAUAACAAGAUGGGAGAGUACUCGAAAGCACUUUCAUUUUACCAGAAAGCUCUUGAAAUUUAUCAAAAAACUCUUCCUUUGAAUCAUCCUUUAUUCGCCACAGCAUACAGCAACAUUGGUAGCGUGCAUAACAAAAUGGGAGAGUACCCAAAAGCACUUUCAUCACACGAAAAAGCACUUGAAAUGCGACAAAAUAAUAAUCAUCCUAAUUUGGCUAUUACAUUCACCAGCAUCGGUUUGGUGUAUUACAACAUGGGAGAGUACUCGAAAGCACUUUCAUCUCACGAAAAAGCACUCGAAAUUGAAGAAAAACGUCUUCCUUCAAAUCAUCCCGAUUUGGCUACUACAUACAACAACAUCGGUAGUGUGUGUGACAAGAUGGGAGAGUAUUCGACAGCGCUUUCAUAUUACGAAAAAGCGCUUGACAUCGAUCAAAAAACUAUUCCUUCUAAUCAUCCUCAUUUGGCUACUUCAUACAACAAUAUCGGUAGUGUGUAUAGCAGCAUCGGAGAGUACUCGAAAGCACUUUCAUAUCACGAAAAAGCACUUGAAAUUGACCAAUACACUCUUUCUUCAGAUCAUCUUAAAUUGGCUACUUCACACAGCAACAUCGGUUUGGUUCUUCCUUCAGACCAUCAUUCAUUGGCUACUUCAUACAACAAUAUCGGUAGUGUUUAUGACGAGAUGGUGGAGUACUCGAAAGCACUUUCAUUUUACGAAAAAGCAGUGGAAAUUGAUCGAAAAACUCUCCCUUCAAAUCAUCCUGAUUUGGCUACUACAUACAACAACAUUGCUUUGGUGUAUGAUAAGAUGGGAGAGUACUCAAAUGCACUUUCAUAUUACGAAAAAGUGCUAGAAAUUCGACAACUAACUUUUCCUUCAAAUCAUUUGGAUUUGGCUACUACAUACAACAACAUCGGUUUGGUCUGUGACUGGAUGGGAGAGUACUCAAAAGCACUUUCAUCUCACGAAAAAGCACUUGAAAUUAAAGAAAAAACUCUUCCCUCAAAUCAUCCUUCAUUAGCUACUACAUAUAACAACAUCGGGCUAGUGUAUGACAAGAUGAGAGAGUAUGCAAAAGCACUUUCAUUUUACGAAAGAGCACUUGAGAUUGAUCGAAAAACACUUCCUUCAAGUCAUCCUCAUUUGGCUACUACAUACAACAAUAUCGGUUUACUGUAUGAGAAAAUUAGGGAUUACUCGAAAGCGCUUUUAUUUUACGAAAAAGUACUUGAAAUUGAUCAAAAAACUGUUCCUUCAAAUCAUUCUCAUUUGGCUAUUACGUACAACAACAUUGGUUUAGUGUAUAGAAGCAUGGGAGAGUACACGAAAGCACUUUUAUCACACGAAAAAGCACUGGAAAUUAAAGAAAAAACUGUUCCUUCAAAUCAUCUUGAUUUGGCUACUACAUACAACAACAUCGCUUUAGUGUAUGACAAGAUGGGAGAGUAUUCAAAAGCACUUUCCUCUCACGAAAAAGCACUUGAAAUUAAAGAAAAAACUCUUCCCUCAAAUCAUCCUUCAUUAGCAGAUUCCUACAGCAAUAUCGCUUUGGUGUAUGACAACAAGGGAGAGUACUCCGAAGCACUUUUAUUUUACGAAAAAGCACUUGAAAUUGAUCAAAAAACUCUUCCUUCAAACCAUCCUCAUUUGGCUACUUCAUACAACAACACCGCUGGUGUGUAUCAUAACAUGAAAAUCUAUUCGAAAGCACUAGCAUACUUUGAAAGUGCUCUGGACAUCAAACAACGUGUAUUACCGUCAACUCAUCCUGAUAUUGAAGGUGUGAAAAACAGUAUCGAAAUUGUAAAAAAAGAAAUUACAAAGAACAGUUGA